AAAACGUCGUGGUCUUCUCAGAGUGCUCGCCACGGUCUAAUCAUCAGUCGUCACUGUGCCUGCCCACUUCCCACACCAACCCACUCACCCGACCCGAUUCCACGGCCGACGCCAAAAGGCCCGAAGCGAAGAAACAUGGCAAAGAAAACUAGCAACUCGCAGCAGUCUCCCUCGUCUUCUUCCUCCGCCACAAAAGCUUCAACUGGGGAAAUGGUGUUGAAGGUCCAACAAAGGGAGGGGACAAGGAGGUCAACAAGGUUAAGCAGCAUAAAUGCGGAGGGAAAGAGAAUCGUUUCACUAAAGAAGUCCAAAACCAAGCAGAAGAAGAAAAGUGCAAAAGUUGAUUCCAAGAUACCCAAGAAACCGCCAACUGCUUUCUUCUAUUUCCUGGAGGAUUAUCGUAAGGAACUUCAAGAGCAAAAUCCAGGUAUCAAGCAAAUGCGCGAAAUUGGAAAGGUGUGUGGAGAGAAGUGGAAAACAAUGACAUAUGAGGAAAAGGUUCAGUAUUAUGAUAUAGCCACAGAGAAACGAGCUGAGUUUGAGAAGGCCAUGGCAGAAUAUGCACAAAGAAAGGAAAGUGGCGAGGAUGAAGAAACCGAGGAUGAGGAAGAGGAAGAUUGGUCUGUCUAAGAAAUCAUGUUUCCAUAUGGUGGACGUACUCUAGUUGUAUGCAAGUCAUAGGUCCUGGUCAUGUGUCUUUUGUAAAACUGUCUAUGCCUGUAUCAUUCUUGUCCAUAUCUGUUCACAAUUCGAAUUUAGUAGUGAAUUCAGAUUUUAACAGUUGGGUAUGUACUUUAUUUAGUGGAAGAUGACAAGUCUAAACCUUACUAGGAACUUCUAGUUUUAGCUGUCACCGGGCAAUUGUAUCGAAUACACUCAUUGUCGAGUCAUGUUCUUGAUUCCUAACAGUUUUCGAGAAUAUAUAACUUCUUUUCCUCUCA